CGGGGCUCGGGAGGAAGCACUCAGCGCAUGCGCCAAAUGGAACAUGGCUGCGCACUUGGGCAGUGGGGUUCCUUCGCCGUUCCAAGUGUCGUUGGAACUUUGCCGUGGAUAAAGGUUAAGGUGUUUCUUACCAAGUCUAGUUCAUGAUGUGCAGAUUCCUUGCAAUAACCAUUUUGUGCCUCGUAAGUGUGAGCCUUGUGUCGCACGAAUGCGAGGCAAAGAGGCAUCGCCUUCAACUAGAGGAUGAUGUGAGGAAGUACAUUGCUCUAAGCUCAUUUGGUUUCUACAAAGGAGGCUUCCUUGAGGUCACUCUUCAUGAAUUUGCAUUUUCUCCAUAUAAUCCAGACGGAAAGUUUGGGUUCAGCAUUGAUCAUACUGCGAGUGAUUCUAUAAAUCCUUAUAUGGAAACAAAUAAGGAUAAAUGCCUGCUUGAAGAUGAGAGUGUCAUUAACUCUGUUGAUGCCUCAAAUGCAUUUGUGCUGUUCAUCAUGGAUCUCAAGGACAAUGUCAUGACAGUGAAAUGCAGUCCACAACUUCAGACCAUUCAGAUAGAGGCAAUGAUCACAUCUCAGCUGCCUGAGCAUGGAAAAGCUGGGCAAAAGAAGAAAUUCCCAACACCACUUGGGCUACCAUACAGACAGAAGAGGGACGUACCAUCAUUUUUCAUGAAGGCCACAAGUGAUACUACCCUCUUUCAGUCACGUAGUCGAAGAUCUGCAAAAUCCGCAGGACCGACAGCUGCACCAGUAUCCAAGGAAGCUGGUAACAUAUGUAGUGAAAUUGCUAUUCCUCUAUCUCAAGACAACCAUACAACAGUUUUUUCAUCAAAUUUCUCUAUACGCAUCCGCACAGAAAAAGAAGAAGGCCUGUACAGCUUUUACUUUCACAAUUGUGAGAAUUAUAAGGGAAAUCAGAAGACAUCAGUCAAAUUAGACAUUUCCAUCACUGAAAAGAAUGAAGACAGUUUCCUCUCUGCUGGAGAAAUGCCAUUACCAGCCUUGUAUUUCAUGAUGUCCUUCCUGUUUUGCCUAACAGGCAUUUUCUGGUUGUUUCUUCUUCAUAAAAGUUGGUCCACAGUGUUCAAGGUUCACUACCUGAUGGGCAUCCUAGUGUUUACAAAGUCACUCUCUCUCCUCUUCCAUGGCAUCAAUUAUCAUUUCAUUGAAGUCCAUGGAGUUCAUCUUGAGGCUUGGGCAGUCCUGUACUAUAUCACCCACCUUCUGAAAGGAGCCCUUCUUUUCAUCACCAUUGUCCUGAUUGGGACUGGCUGGGCAUUCAUCAAGCAUGUUUUGUCUCCAAAAGACAAGAGGAUUUUCAUGAUUGUUAUCCCUCUCCAGGUGUUGGCAAAUGUUGCCCUAAUCAUCACAGAAGAGACUGAAGAAGGGGAAAUAGGCAGAACUGUUUGGCAGGAGAUUUUCAUCCUAAUAGAUCUCAUCUGCUGUGGUGCCAUCCUGCUGCCUGUUGUAUGGUCCAUCAGACACCUUCAGGAGGCUUCUGAAACUGAUGGAAAGGCAGCCCUGAAUUUGAAAAAGUUGAAACUCUUCAGACACUUCUACAUCAUGAUUGUGUGCUAUAUCUACUUCACACGUAUUAUUGUGUAUCUGCUCCGACUGACACUACCUUUCCGAUAUGAAUGGCUUGAUGAAAUGUUUCAUGAGAUGGCAACCUUUGUAUUCUUUGUACUGACUGGAUACAAGUUCCGACCUGCAUCGAACAACCCCUACCUUCAAGUACCAGUAGAGGAUGAGGAAACAGUGGAAGAUGAAGUGCUCACAGAAACUGGCCUCACCCAGAAUGUGGUGAAACUAAAUCGUGAAAGACGGCCCUCAAGGAAUGGACACGAGGAUGCUGACUGGGAGAGAGGACAUCUUCUCAAAGGAGAGGCUAGUGAUGCUACUCUUGAUGAUGUGGAGGAACAACGAAAGGAGAGGAAAGACCAUAGUUUACAGAUGAAUGUAACAACAGGACGAGUGUGGUGUCAUUCUUGUGACAAAGAGGUUUUCCUGGACAACAACAAACCACCAUUGGGAGGGGUCAUGGAAACAGUCACAGACAACAUCUUUUACUCUAGUAGCUACAGACGAUCCUCUGGAGAUGGAGAUGAAGACUUUGACAUGAAUGAAAAUGAGGAAGAUGAUUUUGGCUCAGUUGAUGGUCAAGUUCGAGGGUUGACAGGACUGCAGAAUUUUGGUGUGACUUGUUAUAUGAAUGCAGCCAUACAAGCAUUAUCCAAUACUAUUCCCCUCACCUCCUACUUUCUGUAUAAUCCUCCGACAAGCAGACAUGAAAGAAAGACAAUGCCUUCUCAAGAUUAUCGUAAACUUGUCCAUGCCAUCUGGGGUGGUCAGCAACCACCAGCUUGUGUGUCACCUUCUGAAAUGUGGCGCAGUGUUCGUCUGGCUAUCCCUGCCUUUCGAGGCUUUCAGCAACAAGAUACUCAGGAAUUUCUCCGUUGCUUUAUGGAUCACCUACAUGAAGAUUUGAAAGAAAGGGUCCUCUUUCAUGCUGAUAAUGGCAGAAUGGGUGGAGGUGAUCAUAUGGUGCAAGAUGAUUCUGAUACUGCUCCAUCUGAGGAAGGGUAUGAAACUUGUGAUUCAGGAGUCAGUGAUGAUCUCUCAUCAACAAAUUCUCCUCAGCCAAGAACCCAAAAGCAAAGGAUCAGUCGCCAUAAGAAACAGCAGUCGAUGGAUGUAGAAGAAGAUGAAGUGCCUCAGGGAGAUGUAGAUGCCAUGGAAUUCUCUGAUGCUUCAGAUAGCUUUCCUGUCAAUCAUCUGUCAAGGAUGCGAAAUCCUGUAUUACACCUCCCUACCUCACGAAGUUCCUCCCCUGCUGAGAAGAACAGUUCUGGUAGUUGUCAUCAAGGCAAGAAUGGACAAAGCUACAGAAGCAUAAUCUCAGACAUCUUUGAUGGCAAAAUCCUGAGUACUGUCCAAUGCAACACUUGUUCACGGGUUUCUUCUACAAAGGAGACAUUCCAAGAUCUAUCCUUACCCAUUCCUAGUCGAGAGUUUAUCCAAAUUCUUCAUCAAGGAACCCCCCUCAAGGCUCACUUCAGUUCUUGCCCUGAUAUGUAUCAACAGCAGGGAUGGCUUUCAUACAUGUGGAGUUGGCUCCUGUCUUGGUUCUGGGGGCCCUCAGUUGAUUUGCACGAUUGCCUUGGAGCAUUCUUCUCAGCAGAUGAGCUCAAGGGUGAUAACAUGUACAGCUGUGAGAAAUGCAAGAAGCUCAGGAAUGGCAUCAAGUACAGCCGAGUUCUGGAACUGCCCGAAGUCCUGGGCAUUCAUUUGAAACGCUUUCGGCAUGAAUUCAUGUUCUCGUCCAAAAUUGGGAAUCAUGUCUCUUUCCCACUUAAAGACUUGGACAUGUCUACUUAUAUCCAUAAAGACUGUGCUUCACAAGUCAUGAAGUAUGAUCUCUUUGCUGUAAUUUGCCAUCAUGGUGGGGUUGGAGGGGGCCAUUACACUGCCUACUGCCUGAAUCCUCUGAACAACCAGUGGUACGAAUACGAUGAUCAGUGUGUCACUCGGGUCUCGCCUGAUGUUGUCAGGAAAUGUGAAGCUUAUGUCCUUUUCUACAAGAAAUACAAUGAGAAGAUCCUGAGGCAAAGAGAUGAGGUGAGGAGGAUUGAGGAUAAUAUGGUGGAGCCCAACCUUCUGCCUUUUUACAUUUCUAGACGAUGGCUGAAUAGGUUCCACACAUUUUCUGAACCUGGUCCAAUUGACAACUCUGAUAUUGUGUGCCCACACGACAGAGUUUGGCCUCAGAAAAUGGAUCAUGUCAAGAAUUUGGUGGUCAAGGUACAUCAGGGAGUAUGGGAUUACCUUCAUGAAUGCUUUGGGGGUGGCCCAGCUUGCAACUACCUGGUGGAAUGUGUGACGUGUCGACAAGAGCAGCAGAGACUAGCUCAACGGCAAUCUAAUGAGGUGCAGCAGUAUGAGCAUCUCCAUAGAGAAUUCAUGAAUGGGGAGCAUGAGGGAGGGAUUUUUGCUGUUUCAAUGACAUGGUUCAAUCAGUGGCGAGCAUUUGUUUUGGGAAAGGAACCUGAACCUCCAGGACCAAUAGACAAUUCUCCCAUUGCAGUGAACAAGAAUGGCACUUUCUCCCUCAAGCCAAACUCCCAUUACGCCCAGUUCUCGGAGGAUAUCUGGCAGUUUCUUCGUGGGAUCUAUGGUGGAGGACCAGAGCUGCUCCUCAGCAGUAAUCGUCCAAUAUCCAGCACUGUGGACAAAGCCAACCUCCUUGAUUCUCAUAACCAAAUUAUUAGUGAAACAUCCAGCACUGCAGACAAAGCCACCCUCCUUGAUUCUCAGAGCCAGCUUUUAAAUCUCUUGGAGAAAGCAUAA